GGAUCGAGUAACUUCGUUGCCCGUAUUUUGGUGAUUUUAUCAUCAGUUUAGAAUCGAAUGAGUUCAAUGAGAAUCGAAUAAAAUUAACAUAAAAAUCAAAAAACGUUCCAAUGUACGGUUUGUAAAAUAAAUACAAUAAAUAAGUUAUUGGCUAGAAAACGUGACGGAAAUACUGUGAAACGAAAAGAAACUGCAAUCAAAACGCGGUCGCGAAUUUAAAUACAAUAUUUUGUUUGUGAAAAUUUGUGCUUAUAAAAAAGUAACAAAAAAAUUAAAAAUACGGGAAUCGAUUUUUACAAAACGACUAUUUUGUAAGGAAACUCUGCAUUAAUAAUUACAACAAUUAUAAUACACAAUAACAGGCUACAAUAAUAAACAUAAAGCUGGCAAAAAAGAAAAAUCGACAGUAUAUAAGAAAUUGUAAACAAAAAAGUUUGGAUAAAAGGGCAAACAAUAAGGACAACGACAAUAACAACAAUGAACACAUUCGUACGUCAUCAGCCGAAAAUCCUGCGUAACGGGCAGAACUGGAUGACAUUCAGCAAAGAUGGAAAUAGAAAGUACUCCACACCACAAUAUUUACCCCGCUAUGCGCUGCGACGACUCAAUGGCAGUUCGGCAAGUUCAAGUUUAUGGACGGGCGGUAGUUGUACAGGUGCACAAGUUGGAAUGCAGUCAAUGCUGCUUUCCCGUUGGAAUGAUAUCAGCGAAUCCAGUUAUCACACUGAGAACAGCGGAUUGUAUUACACAACCAGAAAAUUCCAUUUAUCACGUCGUUUAGGUGAAAAUGCUUCGUCAAAAGUUGAAGUGACCGUCAAAACGAUGAAGGAAAAACAAAAAGAAAAGGUCGAAGAGAUCAUUAAGGAAGCUAGCGCUCCGGCGGUCACUAAAGCCGUUGGUGAACCAGUAGAAACUGGAAAAGCAGUUGCCACUGAGCCGCCAAAAGCUGUUAUCGCUAAAAAGCCUUUGGGCACACGCAUCUGGGAAGAAUUGGUGCAUUAUUAUCAUGGAUUCCGGUUGCUUUUUAUCGAUAUAAACAUUUCACGUAAACUACUGUGGCGUAUACUUAAUGGAAAGACGCUAACGCGUCGUGAGAAUAAACUACUUUUGCGCACCACCUCUGAUCUGUUCCGACUGAUACCCUUUUCGGUGUUCCUAAUCGUGCCGUUCAUGGAAUUGCUCUUGCCAUUCUUUAUACGUUUCUUUCCGGGCAUGUUACCGUCCACGUUCCAGACCGCCAAGGAUCGCGAAGACAAACUGAAACAAUCCCUGCAAGUACGUCUCGAGAUGGCGAAAUUCUUACAAAAAACACUGGACGAAAUGGCUGUGCAGCAUAAGGAUCACAAGAGUGAGGAUGCCAAACAAUUUGCUGAAUUCUUCGAAAAGAUAAAGGAUCCCAAAGAGCACGUAACGAUUGAAGAGAUCAUCAAGUUCGCCAAACGCUUCGAGGAUGAAGUUACAUUGGACUCAUUGUCGCGCGAGCAAUUGGCCGCUUUAUGUCGCGUGCUCGAGCUUAACACCAUGGGCACCAGCAACUUACUACGCUUUCAAUUGCGCGUCAAAUUGCGUUCACUUGCCGCUGAUGAUCGCGUAAUUGCGCGCGAAGGUGUCGACGCAUUAGAUCUAUUUGAAUUGCAGCAGGCUUGUAAGGCGCGCGGUAUGCGUGCCUAUGGGCUGACAUCGGAAAAGUUGCGCUCACAGUUGCAGGAAUGGAUUGAUCUGUCGCUAAAUGAAAAGGUACCACCGACGCUACUCUUACUGUCACGUGCACUACUGAUUUCCGAAGAAGCCGCAACGACGCAUAAACUGGUCGAGACACUUCGUGUACUACCCGAAGCAGUGGCGACAAAGACGAAGGAAAAGAUUGGCGAAAGCGAAGGUAAAAUCGAUAACAAAACCAAGAUUGAAGUGCUUAAAGAAGAAGAGCGCAAAAUUAAGGAGGAGCGUGAGGAAGAACGUGAGGCCGAAAAGGCCAAAUUGGAGGAGGAGAAAGCAAAGGCAAGCGAAGAAUUGCUCAGCAAAGUACCCUAUUUACAUUCUAGCACUUCGUCAAUCACUGAGGAGCGAAAACAAGCCGAAGCCAGCAAUAACAUCUCCUCAAAAGACGUGGAAUUACUCUCCGAUGCACUAAAAUCAUUGUCGACCGAUAAAAAGAUGAUGGUUGAGAAAGAGACACUGAAAGAUCUCAAAGAGGAACUUGAAGAUUACAAGGAAGAUGUGGAAGAACUGCGUGAAGUGCGCAAUGUGGUAAAGGAACCAGUGCAUGAGAGUCGCGCGGCGAAAUUGCUCUUCAAGAAGGUGAAUAGCAUGAUAGGACACUUGGAUAAGGUGUUAGUGGAUUUGGAAAAGAAGCGCGAAAGUAAGCAAAAGAAAAUUAAAGCAAGCACGGAAGAAGUUUUGGCUGGACCGUUACAAAGUCAAGAACUUACGCAAGACGAGGAUACUGUGCACAUCGAAGAGCUUAUGAAUACUAUCAAGAAGUUGCAAAAGACUUCCGAUGAAACACGCUUGAAGCAAAUCGAAAAAGUGCUAAGCAAAAUCGAUGCCGACAAAGAUGGCUUGAUCACCGUCGAUGAAGUGCUUAAUGUCGUUGAAGCGAUCAGUCGCGAAAACGUGAACUUGUCGGACAAACAAAUCGAGGAAUUGGUGACAUUGCUCGAUAAGGAGAACAUCAUAGAAGCGGAGGAGCGCUUGGAGAAGGCCAUCGCGAAGAGCAUUAAGUUGGCAGAGAAACAAAUUAAAGAUCAACAAAAACUGGUUGAAGAACAGAAGACCGCAGAUGUGCUGAAGGACACUGCACCGGAGCUGAAGGAUAAUGCCAAGGACUUGAGUGCAGAUUCUCAAACGAAGGUUUUAAAAACGGAGGUAAGUAACGAAAAGAGUCCACUAUUGGAGGCUGCAGAAAAGCAAAAGGAGAAGAUACUCCCGAAAAAUGAUAUAUCCGCGCAAAUACCACAACAGCCGCUACCCGCACCACCACCGCCAACAACAGCGACCCAAGUGAAUCCAAAAGAUAAAAUGCUAUGAUUUGAGGAUGAUGGUGAUAAACCCAUAAAACAAACCCCAUAUAACAGUCGUCGAAGCAAGUAAAAUUGAGUUGAAAAUAAGGCGAAACAUUAAAAAAAAAAAACAACAUUUGACGACUUGGUUGUUUUUAGGGACAUAAAAUGUGGAGUGCAAGCGUGAGUGUGUGCUGUGUGAUAAUGAAAAAUGUCAGCUAAAUGAUUGUUGGCGGACUAUUGUGGAAAAUAAAACUGGAAAGGUGUAAAGUUAGUUAUUGAAAAGAGAGAAAUGGAAGUUCAGUUCAGUGUUGCGAUAAGCAAGCGUGAAUGAUAAGAGCUCCUAAUAAAAUUAAUAAUGGAAGGAAGGCAUUUAAAAGCAUUUGUUGCACAAAUAUUUGUUAAGAAAGUAGAGAAAGACAAUGUAAUAAUAACGAUAAGCGAAAAUGAAGAAAUACUAUUAUUUCUUAUUUUUAUUAUUAUUAUUGUUUGAACAUUCGUUUUGCUGUGUCUCAAGUGCUUUUAAAUAGUUUCCAAUGUAAAAUGAUUGCCUCUCUGUGCAGCAUGCCUAUUUCUUUAUCAAAACCAAAUUUCUAAUUUUAUUAUUUCCAAGAAUUCAAAUUGUUUUGUAAGCUGUAACGUAAUGUAUUUGCAGUAGAAGAAUGCUAAUAAAUUUAUAAAACUAAUUUGUGCUUAUUUUUGGCAGUUCUUUAUUAUAAACAAAAUCGAUAACAAAUAACUUUGACAGUCCGCUGGCAAAUGUGACAUUAGGCAAU